AUGCCGAGCGCAACCAAGCGCAACCAAGAGACCCAGUCUCGAGCAGGCCCGUCUUCCCCCAGCACUUCCCGCAAACGAACAGCCGCUGCUGCCACAGACACCGCAACCACCUCCUCGUUCAUCUACAACCCGCGGCAAGAUGUCAACGAUCGACGCAAAGUGCGCUCCGACUAUCGCACCCUCAUCGCGCAGGCAGAGGAAUCCAAACGCGACUCGUCGCUCAAACCCAAAGACCUGGUCGAACUCAUUGCCAAAGUAGACGAGCUACAUGAACGCGUCGUUGCGCCGAGCGAGAGUAUCUUGGAUACAAAGACGUUGACGUCCAUGUCGGAGAUGGGAGCGCGAAUGGCGAAGAAGAUGAAGCUGAACCAGGAUGCGUUCGAUACGCAUGAAUUCAUGACGAGGGUGGCGCGAUUUCUGGGUGGCGAAGCUGCGCCCGUUCGACGGGGCGCUGCGGCGGCGAGGGGCGGUAGCGAUGACGAUGAUGACGAUGACGACGACAGUGGACGCAGUGGUGCAGGACGGAACAUCGAUCGAUGGGAUUGGGCCAAGCUCGGCCGUUUGGCAGGAGGCGUCUCGAGACGCGCCGUGACAAUGGACUUCCUGCUUGGCCCGCUCGAGAUCGCUCCCAAACAACGCAAGGUCGUCGCGCAGAGGCGACUGGACGACGACGUCGCCGAGCGCACAGCUCCGCGCGCUCUUCAGCAGCAGGACCUCCAAGACUCGGCGGGUCGCGAAUCCACCUCGGCCAUCCUCAAAGUCGCCCAACUGCUCAAAGCACAAGGCCCCGACGGCGUCUGUCUUUUCCGAUUUGCCGUCGACCCAGACAGCUUCGUCAACACCAUCGAGAACUUCUUCCACGUCAGCUUCCUCAUCAAGGAAAACAAGGCCAGUCUGCGAACGGACAAGGAGGGCAAUGCGAUUCUAGCGACGGCCCAACCGCCUUCGGAAGACGACGACGACGCUGAGGGCGAGGGGGAGCAAGACGAAACGAGGAGCAAGCAGUUUAUCAUGGAGAUCGACUAUCCGACCUAUCUCGAGUCGAUCCAGUUGUACAAGAUCCAGCAGAGCGUGAUCCCGACCAGGCCAAAUCGCGUGGACCCGCUGAGCGGGCGCGAGGCGCUGGCGAGCGUCGCGGCUGGUCGGCUUUCGUUCGUGUGA